UUCAAGGGUAAUCAAAAUGUGUAAAUAAAUCAGGAGCUGUUGGAAAGUCUUCAAUAAAAUCAAAGAACGCUGGGAAUUCUCAGGAGAUCAGUCAGAGGAACAAAGUUAACGUCACGGCUCCGCAACACUGCAGCAAUACUUUCCUUAGUUUUGUUUAUGUUCAAACGUUUAUUCAUCUAAAAUAUUAAGUUAGCUUCCAGCAUGUUUCCGAGAUUUACAGUAUAAAGAAACUACGACUCCCAGAACGCACCGCGCAGAACACGGCUGCGCACAACAUGCAAUAAGUAGGCCCCCUGCGCUAUCAGUGGUAAGAGAAAGCAGUGACUGCACUGUCGGUGGACAACGGGCAAGUGGAGCCGUUGGAAACGGUGCUUAUAUGACAAUCAAUGCGGAGCGUGGCUGUGCUGGCGGCGACCUGUUUUUGUGCCCUCGCCAUUACCGUUCACUUCGGCCUGCGGCUCGACUCCAUGCGCGGCCACUUCUUCCAGUGGCGAGAGUGGACAACAGACCAGUACGAUCUUGUGAUUGGGAUACUGUCAGCUCGUCACCAUCGUGACUUGCGGAAUGCACUCCGGAAGACUUGGCUGGGCCACAUACCAGAACUGAACCACCGUGUCCUUGCAAAAUUCAUAAUCGGUACUUAUGGCUGUGACAUACCCGAUGAGGACCGGGAGGACCCUUACUCCUGUCAGCUGCUCAACUUUACAGACCCAGUUAUAGGGCAGGAGAUUGAAGCUGUCAGCCAGUCUGGAAGUCCGGCCUUGACGAUGCUUGGUAGCAAGGCUUCGAAGAUUGACUUCCGAGUUCUCCAUCCCAUUGUUAUUACGAGGCUGGGUGUGUUCCACGAUCAGAGAGAAGCAGCCUUCCACCAGAACGUCACUGUGCGGCUUUACCAGACUACCCUGGAGGAGGUGAUUGUCAGUGCCCGCUUCAGUCCACUCAGCUCUGGAGUACAAGUCAACCAGAUGUGGUAUAAACCUGUGGAGAGGUUUCUCUUACCGAAGGGCUUUGAAGGAACUAUUGCAUGGGAGACCCAGGACUCGGAGUAUCUCGUCACCAUGAACCUCACUGAUGUCCUGCUCGACAGUGGAGGGGGCGUCCUCAGGUUUUCUGCAGCACAGCUGCAGGCUGAGAAGGAAGUAAUCCAGGACGGAUUCGGUCAGGAUGUGGCAGCUGUGGCUGGAGGCUUCACCUACACCAUCCAUGAGGGUGAUGCACUCUUAGAAAGCCUUGCCACAAGGGCCAAGCGGUUUGAAAGCCACAGGAACAAGCUCAGGGAAGAGGAUGCCGCCUUACAAGAAGAAAGCCGGACCUACCAGGAUAUUGUUUUUGUAGACGUAGUGGACACCUACAGAAAUGUGCCACACAAGUUACUGCAGUUUUAUCAGUGGUCUGUGGACUCAGCAAACUUUCGGUUAUUGUUGAAAACUGACGAUGAUUGUUAUGUGGAUGUAGAGGCCGUGCUGGAGAGAGCAGGGGACAGGCUGGAGGCAACGAACAUAUGGUGGGGAAAUUUCAGGCAGAAUUGGGCAGUGGAUGGCAGUGGGAAGUGGAUGGAGCUGGAAUACCCAAGCCUAGUGUAUCCUGACUUUGCGUGCGGUUCUGGUUACGUUGCUUCUCACAACCUGAUCCAGUGGCUGGCAGAUAACGCAAAGACUCUCAAAGUCUAUCAGGGUGAAGAUGUCAGCAUGGGCAUCUGGAUGGCUGCUGUUGGACCUCAGCGACAUCAGGAUGCCCGGUGGUUGUGUGAGAAGAAAUGUCUACCGGCUGCGCUCUCAUCCCCCCAGUAUUCUCCAGAAGAACUGCUGCAACUGUGGAAGAAUAAGGAACUGUGCAGAAACCCCUGUCACUGUCAAAAGUGAAGAUAGCUAGUGAGCUUUUAAGCAAGAAAGGACAAAUAUCAAAGACCUUAAAUGUUGUUGGCCCAGCAGUGUGAACACUUCUCUCUGCUCCAGUCCCUCUACUAUCAGAGGACAGAUCAUCUAUAUCGAUGAACAGUGUAGGGGUGGGAAUGAAAGGAUCAGGGAUAUACGUUCUCAGCUCUGCUUGGCCCUGUGGACUUUUAUCAGCAGUCACUCGUCUGCUACCAGUCUUCAGAGUGGCUGUGAGCUGGUGCUGCUGUACCUGUGCCCCCAGGCUUGUACACACCUGUAACAAUAUGACUGUCUUCAUUAUUAAGCCAAUAUUAGAAACCUGCUUAUUUUUGUAUUUCUAAAAUUUAAAGUACUCUGAAUCCUUUUA